GUUGAUUGGCUGCGUGUGAGUCAGCAGCGCCAAGGUCUCUCCUCUUGACGCGUGUGGCGCCGUGCUGCGUGGCCGCUCACAGGCACACAGGACGAAGCAGCCCACGAAAGGAAGCCAACUAUAUUUCAGCACCGGAGCUGUCCACGCCGCUUGUGACGGUAAAUUAUUCUCUCGGGGAGGGAAAGAAAGAAAGAAAGAAAGGAGUAGCAAAGUCUGCCGUUGAGGCGCGCUGACUUCAUCCGAGCCAAAUUCUUGCCAUGCUGGACAGCCCAGUUUGAGGACACCGAGGAGAUUAAGUCCAAAUUGAACGUCAACCUUUUCCCUUUAACGCCAUGGGUGUGCUCAUGUCAAAGAAGCAGCCAGUGGACAAGGUGCAAAGGUGCACUGCCGUUGUCUCAGCCUUCCAGGCAGGCCUCAAAGAUCGCGCCGCCGUUGUGAAGCCGGCAGACGGAGAAGCAGAGGACGGUGAAGUGCCAGCAAAAACCUCAACUGGUCCUGAGGAGAAGAAUGCCGAGGAGGAAGAGGGAGGGCAAACAGAAAGUCCGUCCACUUCCCAGCAGGCUCCACGGGACGAGUGCAAGGUCAACCAGGAGGCAUGGUCCAGGUUACGGGAUGGAAAAGGUGUGGAGCCUGAAGACCUCGAGAAGAGCCAUCAGCUCACACCGCCUGCUUUUGUGCGACCCAAAAGAGAAGCAGAUGAUGAUCAGCCGUCGGAGGUGGAGCUGGCAAAGAAAGAACAGCCUCCAAGUGAUGAAAUGUGUGACGUAUGUGAGGUGUGGACGGCCGACGACUUGUACCCAUGCAGGAUCUGCACUCGAGUGUUCCAUGAUGGCUGUCUGAGUGAGUUGGGAUACUUGCGUGCUGAGGCUUUGCAGGAGAUGAGAGACACAGCUCACACCGUUACUGGCUGGAGCUGCUACUACUGUGAUAAUUUGAACCUCCUUCUGACAGAAGAAGAAAUGUAUAGCCUUAUGGAGACCUUUAAGCAGUGUAAAAUCAUCCCAGAGUCAUGCCUGGUGUCAGACGAGUUGCUGCAGUACCACCACUUUGUAUCCAAGCAGCAGUUUGAUAAGGAUCUGACGGACGAGCAAGAGGAGGAGGUCCUCUCCCAGUUUGCAGCCCUGGAUCCUGACAAGAAGGGUCACAUCGAGUGGCCGGACUUUCUCUACUUUGAGUCCCUGGCAGUUCUGAGAAAGUUUCGCACCGAGAACUCGCUGGUGCGCUUGUUGACUGCCAAGGAAAGAGACACAGCUCGGUCAGUGUUCCUGGGCCUGGACUUGGAUAAGGAUGGAUUAAUCACAAAGGCAGAAUGUCGCCAGGCCCAGCAGUCAUGGUUUAACAAGCUCAACAAAGACUCGCAGUCCUGCAAUGUGAGUAUAAGUCAUGUUGGCCCCAUUUGUGAGAGCAGUCCAGCCAGCUCCGGCAGUGAAAGAAGCAAGACUGAUGACAACAGGCCUACCACAUGGGCGGACUUUCUCAGGGAGAGUUCCAUCUACAUCCUGGCCGCCCGUCCCAACAGUUCUGCCAUGCACAUCCGCCUUCCCCUAUAAUUCAGGACCCUGCGCUGCCAAGAAAAGUGGGGGGAGGAGAAUGCACCUUCGAGUCUAGGAGAUGACGAGCAAAACGUGAUGACACCGUGAGCGAGGCUGGACCGAAUGAAUCAAGCAGAGACCACACAGCUCAAAAAUCUAGCCUCCUGUGCGUGACCUUGAAGCUAACACAGACACUCGCUGACUGACGUGGAACAAGUGACAGCAGCUGCCACAAAAGGUGGCGCGUAAGAACGAGGAGGGAAGGCAAAGAUAUUUCAGAAAUCUAGAGAUGGAGGAAUAAGCGUACACAAGUUGUUUGGCUGCUGGCACUUUUUAAAUGACACUAGACUCGACGGGGCCCCCGGCUAGAACUAACCUCUCCGUGCGGGUGUGUUACUUUUUACAGGCUGUUAUUCUUUCAAACAUUCAUCCCUUUGAGCUUCAUUACGUCUAUAUGAGAGCUCCUCGCUACUGCAAUGGCGUUGUCUUUAUUUGCUAUCCAGUUGCUAAUGACAGCACACAGAGGCACAUGCAAAUUCAGUUUGGGCACACUUUCAUAUGGAAAAGUUGCCUGGGAGGAUAAGAACCUUGCAGGCAAGACAGCAUAUAUCAAACAGAAAUAUAUAUAAUAGAGCUGCUAUACAAACUAGUCUAAUUUAUUAUAAACCAUUACAAAUCUGUAUUUAUUCCUGUAUCUUGUGAUAUAUCCUGUGUUUCCCCACUCUAAUCCAUAAAUCUUGUUUUUUUUUCAGAUGUAGUAUGAAUAAGAAUGUGACCCAGUUCGUGACAUGUAGAUUUUUCCAUAUAUUACAUUUGUUUUUGUUUGACACGAUGAAAACAUUAGCCAUAAUAAUUUGCUGAUAGAAUGCAAUGCCGUGUUGGACUACUGUGACACAGGCACUGUUGGAAAUGGACAAUGAACGAUUCUACAGUGUUUCUACACAGGUUAAGACACACACACACCAGACUGCUACUACAAUCACUGAAAUAAUAGCAUAACUAGAGCUUCAUGUAUGUGUGUAUGCCAUGUAAUUAUGUCUUUUUGUGAAUAAAUUAUGAAUUACAUGAAACCUGAUCAUGCGAGGGGUGUGUCACAAAAUGCUAAAAUAAAUG